AAUGAACGUACGUGGUUUCUUGAUACGGCGCACAUGGGUUUUUUUUUUUUACUGGUAAAUACGCGAACGGGGGCCCUCGUGACACACAUCAAUGGCCAACGCUUCUAUAACGGUACCACCUUGUGACCUACUCUCUCUCGUAGAAGCUCUCUUUCUCUUUCUUUCUCUUUUCUUCUUCCUCGUGAUUGAACUUUUGUGUAUAUAUCUUGUGUAUAUGUGUGUAUAUAUACUCUUUUUUUUCCUCCACAAUCUCUCUUUCUCUCUCUCAAGUGUGGCCUUUCCUUUCCUUUUUUUUCUUCUUCUUCUUCUUUUUUUUACCACCAUCAGCAGGUUUCCAUCUCUUUCUUGCGCGAACACUUGACUACGAUCCGAGCAAAAUGUGUGGUCAGACUUAUUUCAGAGACUCGACGAUGAUCGGGGUACACACUUUUUCCUCAUGAGGAACUUCCUCUGAUGGCUAUAAACUCAACGAUUAUAGGCAGAGGCAGUAAUGAAAGCGGCCUGGCUCGUGAAGGUGCUGCUUGUCAUGUGGCUGUUGCAUCCCAUUUUUAAGUUGCACCCUCGCUAGCAACUUAUUUAUUUUUUUUUUUUUUUUAUUUCCGAUAUACUGAAAACAAAUCACAAUCAUUCAUAGGAGCCUUAAAAUUGUGACGUCAACAGUGAUCGAUUAGUUUCAAAUUUUUUUUUUCUUUUUUUUUUUUUGAAGAGCAAAAGAAGAAAUUGAAUUUUCUUUUAAGAGAAAAUUCAAACCCGAUUCCCUUCAAUUCUCGUAAUAUAAUUGCCGGAAGAUAUGAGAGUUCUCGUAUUCUUGACUCUUUUGGUAGUCAGACUGCAUUUUGCGAGAUGUCAGGGAUUCGGAGGAGGUGGUCCAAGUACUUUCGGAUAUGAUGCAUCAUCGGCAUGCAGUAAACCAUAUUCACGUGAUGCUCGAGUUUUAUUUGAAAAUCUCCCUUGCGACUUUCGCCGACAAAAUUGGUGCACAAUCGCUGGCAACACUUAUCCAUGGCACGCAGUUCGAAGAUUCGUGAGGGAAAAUCAAGGCCUAAUGAAAAGAAUGUAUGGCGAUGAAAAGCAUAUUAAUAUUUUAAAAUCAGAAUUCGAGAAGAAUGAUAUUGAAAUUGAAAUCGAAUACAACUAUCAAAGAUAUCCGGAAAAAUCCAGGCGCUUCGAUUAUGACGAUUGGGAAUUGAAUGAUCCGCGAUAUCCCAGUGUCCUUGACGAGGAACCAGAGAGAAGAGGAUUCACGAGUCGAUCUUUAAACGAUGAUAAACUCAAGAUGGAGAAAAAAUUUAUCAAAUUGGAAGAUCGUGUAAAAUCACAAAUUAAGUUCUCAGAAAAUCCAUCGACUUCUGAAUCAAGUUCAACGACAUCAAGUGCAACUGAAAAAAUAUCGACAUCAAAAAUAACAUCAACUACAACAACAACAACUACUACUACAACUACUACUACAACUACAAAACCGAUAUCAUCGACUACAUUCGCAACAACAACAGUAAAUACAACAAAUUUGAAAUUUAAUACAACAUCUCCAAAUAUGGAAAAUAAUAUCGAAUCACUUUCCACCUCAGCUCCAAUUACAUUGGCUGAUAUUGCAAAUAUUCAAAAUUUUAGUAUUAAUGAAAUACCAGGACGAACUGCCGAAUUAAAUGAGGAAAUUUCUGACGAUGAAUCGACGACAAAAUUUUCAAAUUUGUUGAGUAUCGAUCGAAUCGAUGAAAUUGUUGACAAUGACGAUAAUAAUAAUAAUGAUAAUGAAGAAGACACAGUGGAAGAAUCAAUUGAUCAGCUUGCGGAAGAGAGUGAAAAACAUCAGGAAUUUCGACCUAGACCCGAAUAUCGUCCAACAGAGACAAAAACUAAUAGUUCAAAUAUGCAAGGACAAUUAUUUCAGGACGUUGCUGGCAAGGAAAAACAAAAACAACCAGUUUACAAGGGCCAAGGAAUAAACGCUUGCCCAGUAAAAGAAGAAGUUGUGGCUCCAUUUUGGGCGAAUAAUACACGAGGUGAAGUCCUGGCUCUAUUGAAUCUUUAUCCUUUUGAGCAAUAUGUCCAUUGGGAAAAGUGCACACACGAGGAUAAACAAAUGAAUUGCCGCGAUGGUUGCAAAUGUGAACAACAAUAUAGAUUACACAGAUUAUUGGCCUACGAUCCAAAUAAUGAAUGUCGUGGAAUUUUUAGCGAUUGGUUCAAAUUUCCCAGUUGCUGUUUAUGUCGCUGUUACAAUAUUCCUGUUGAAUUUCGUGUCACAUCUCGCUCACCUCGCAUGAGAAAGCAAAAAGUUAAAUUACAAGUUUCGCGAAAUUAAUUACAAAAAUUAAAAAGAUUUUCAAUUUUUCAAUCGAAAUAGAAAGUAUCAAUAAAUAAUAAAAUUUUGAAAAUAAAAA